AUGAGGAACAUUACACCUAUCCUCUCAGAGGGCACAGAGAAAGUCCUACUGUACUGCCCCAACUGUCAUAUCCUCUCAGAGGGCACAGAGAAAGUCCUACUGUACUGCUCCAACUGUCAUAUCCUCUCAGGGGGCACAGAGAAAGUCCUACUGUACUGCCCCAACUGUCAUAAUCCUCUCAGAGGGCACAGAGAAAGUCCUACUGUACUGCCCCAACUGUCCAUAUCCUCUCAGGGGGCACAGAGAAAGUCCUACUGUACUGCCCCAACUGUCAUAUCCUCUCAGAGGCACAGAGAAAGUCCUACUGUAACUGCCCCAACUGUCAUAUCCUCUCAGAGGGCACAGAGAAAGUCCUACUGUACUGCCCCAACUGUCCAUAUCCUCUCAGGGGGCACAGAGAAAGUCCUACUGUACUGCCCCAACUGUCAUAUCCUCUCAGAGGGCACAGAGAAAGUCCUACUGUACUGCCCCAACUGUCAUAUCCUCUCAGAGGGCACAGAGAAAGUCCUACUGUACUGCCCCAACUGUCAUAUCCUCUCAGGGGGCACAGAGAAAGUCCUACUGUACUGCCCCAACUGUCAUAUCCUCUCAGGUCUACUUAGUGCCUAGGGGUUAGGGACCAGGGGAUGGGGUCUAUAGCAGAGGUCAGAUCAGAAAACAUGAAGAUAUUGACCUGUGUGCACGUUAUAUAUAUUCUUUCAAUAAUCUGUCGGUGGUGUCAUGCAGCAGCUUUAAAUAGAAGUGAAGCCCAAUCCUCCAAUCUGCCUAAUCGUGUUGUGUUGCUCAGUUGCACGGUCGCGCGUUCGGCCGGUCGGUCCCCCCCCGGGAACUAACAGACAUCUGUCAACAUUCACAGGAUAUAGAGGAACAUACAGAAACACAAACAUUUCUGUACACUGUCCAAGACAAUACACAUACACAGUACUCUAUCUACACUGAGUGGACAAAACAUUAUGAACACCUUCCUAAUAUUGAGUUGCACCCCCCUUUUGCCCUCAGAACAGCCUCAAUUCGUCAGGGCAUUGGACUCUACAAGGUGUCGAAAGCAUUCCACAGGGAUGCUGGCCCAUGUUGACUCCAAUGCUUCCCACAGUUGUGUCAAGUUGGCUAGAUGUCCUUUGGGUGGUGGACCAUUCUUGACACACACGGGAAACUGUUGGGCGUGAAACACCCAGCAGCGUUGCAGUUCUUGACACACUCAAAACGCUGCGCCUGGCACCUACUACCAUACCCCGUUCAAAGGCACUUCAAUCUUUUGUCUUGCUCAUUUACCCUCUGAAUGGCACACAUACACAAUCCAUGUCUCAAUUGUCUCAAGGCUUAAAAAUCCUUCUUUAACCUGUCUCCUCCCCUUCAUCUACACGGAUUUGAAGUGGAUUUAACAAGUGACAUCCAAUAAGGGAUCAUAGCGUUCACCUGGAUUCACCUGGUCAGUGUAUGUCAUGGAAAGAGCAGGUGUUCUUAAUGUUUUGUACACUCAGUGUGUAUUGUCUAUCUUAUUGGACAGUGGAUAUCUGAAAGUACUGUAGUUGGAAACGGAACUGAGGCAAUGGCUCCUUGGAGUCAGUGGGUUCUUUUAUAUCUAUGAUUCUGUUUGUCCUGUUCAAUGUAUAGCCUGGUAUUUAGGUGUUAUGUUUGUCCUGUUCAAUGUAUAGCCUGGUAUUUAGGUGUUAUCUUUUUCAGAAAAUGUUACCUGAUGCUCAAUCAAAUACCAAUCCAAAGCAAAUCCAUCUUGAUGGUAUUAAAUUGGAACUACUGUAGGACAAACCUUUACCAAAUCUCCAGUAAAUUGGGCUUUUUUCUUACUUUCUAGUGUACGACAUAGAGGUCAGCAAGCAUCAUGUACGCUACAACAUGAGUUACUAAUGAACAGAGAACAAUACAUAACAAUUAUUGAGGAUAGAACACAAUAGGCCUUUUCACACUGCAUUGUUCUUACUCCCAGGCUAGACGGGUCACACAAGCAUUUGUUAACAUUUUACAUUUACAUUUUUAGUCAUUUAGCAGACGCUCUUAUCCAGAACGACUUACAGUUAGUGAGUGCAUACAUUAUUUUUUAUUUUUCAUACUGGCCCCCCGUGGGAAUCGAACCCACAACCCUGGCGUUGCAAACCCUGGGCUAUAUUCCAAAGACCUGGGCUAACGGGCAAACACAACAUGCGACCAAUGUUAUAAAGCAAUAAGACAUUUAAAAAUGUAUUUAUUCUUGCUUCUAGCUUAGCAUUUGAUUUCCAACAGUGAUGGCUGUAUAAACCUUGUCCCAACUCUGAAACAAUGUGAACAAACCUGUAUCUUCAUUUCCAUCUGGGUCCUCUCAGUUACUGUAGUCAGUACUGUAGUCAGUACUGUAGUCGGUACUGUAGUCAGUACUGUAGUCAAUACUGUAGUCGGUACUGUAGUCAAUACUGUAGUCGGUACUGUAGUCAGUACUGUAGUCAAUACUGUAGUCAGUACUGUAGUCAGUACUGUAGUCAGUGCUGUAGUCAGUACUGUAGUCAGUGCUGUAGUCAGUACUGUAGUCAGUACUGUAGUCAGUGCUGUAGUCAAUACUGUAGUCAGUACUGUAGUCAGUACUGUAGGCAAUAUUGACACUGUACACUAAUGUAAUUGACAGGAGGGAGACGGGGUCCUAAAGAAGGGUAUAACCUUAACUCAUGGUGUUGGUCCUUUGUUUCCAUGUGUUGACAUGAACUCUGCAUGUCAAUCUCUCCUGGCUCAAAGUAGAGGAGAGAUUGACUGCAUCACUACUUGUAUUUGUGAGAGGUAUUGACAUGUUGAAAGCACCGAGCUGUCUGUUUAAACGGCUAGCACACAGCUCAGACACCCAUGCAUACCCCACAAGACAUGCCACCAGGGGUCUCUUCACAGUCCCCAAGUCCAAAACAGAAUGUGGGAGGCGCACAGUACUACAUAGAGCCAUGACUACAUGGAACUCUAUUCCACAUCAAGUAACUCAAGCGAACAGUAGAAUCAGAUUAAAAAACAGAAAACUACACCUUAUGGAACAACAGGGACUGUGAAGAGACACACACCCAGGCACACACACAUACGCACACACAUGUACAUAGUAAUGUUGUAAUAUUGUGGUAUUAUACAAUUUGGAUUGUAGAUACUUUUGAUCAUGUAGUGUAUGUGGACACCUGCUCGUCAAACAUCUCAUUCCAAAAUAAUGGGCAUUAAUAUGGAGUUGGUCCCCCCCUUUGGCUGCUAUAACAGCCUCCACUCUUCUGGGAAGGCUUUCCACUAGAUGUUGGAACAUUGCUUCGGGGACUUGCUUCCAUUCAGACACAAGCAUUAGUGAGGUCAGGCACUGAUGUUGGGCGAUUAGGCCUGGCUCGCAGUCGGCAUUCAAAUUAAUCCCAAAGGUGUUUGGUGGGGUUGAGGUCAGGGCUCUGUGCAGGCCAGUCAAGUUCUUCCACACCGAUCUCGACAAACCAUUUCUGUAAGGACCUCGCUUUGUGCAUGGGGGCAUUGUCAUGCUGAAACAGGAAAGGGCCUUCUCCAAACUGUUGCCACAAAGUUGGAAGCACAGAAUCGUCUAGAAUGUCAUUGUAUGCUGUAGUGUUAAGAUUUCCCUCCACUGGAACUAAGGGGCCUAGCCCGAACCAUGAAAAACAGCGCCAGACCAUUAUUCCUCCUCCACCAAACUUUACAGUUGGCACUAUGCAUUGGGGCAGGUAGCGUUCUCAUGGCAUCUGCCAAACCCAGAUUCUUCAGUCGGACAGCCAGAUGGUGAAACGUGAUUCAUCACACCAGAGAACGCGUUUUCACUGCUCCAGAGUCCAAUGGCGGCGAGCUUUACACCACUCCAGCCGACGCUUGGCAUUGUGCAUGGUGAUCUUAGGCUUGGUGCGGCUGCUCGGCCAUGGAAACCAAUUUCAUGAACCUCCCAACGAACAGUUAUUGUGCUGACAUUGCUUCCUAGAGGCAGGUUGGAAGUCGGUAGUGAGUAUUGCAUCCGAAGACAUUCGAUUUUUACGCGCUACGCGCUUCAACACUCGGCGGUCCCGUUCUGUGAGCUUGUGUGGCCUACCACUUCGCGGCUGAGCCGUUGUUGCUCCUAGACGUUUCCACUUCACAAUAACAGCACUUACAGUUGACUGGGGCAGCUCUAGCAGGGCAGAAAUUUGACGAACUGACUUGUUGAAAAGGCGGCAUCCUAUGACGGUGCCACGUUGAAAACCACUGAGCUCUUCAGUAAGGCCAUUCUGUUUGUCUAUAUAAAUUGCGUGGCUGUGUGCUCGAUUUUUACACACCUGUCAGCAACGGGUGUGGCUAAAAUAGCCGAAUCCACUCAUUUGAAGGGGUGUCUACAUACUUAUAUAUAUAUAUAUAUAUAUAUGUGUGUAUGUAUUGGUGCAAUAAUGUGUUGUAGAUACAGUAUGUAUUGGUAGAGGAGUGGUGUAAUAAUGUGUUGUAGAUACAGUAUGUAUUGGUAGAGGAGUGGUUGUAAUAAUGUGUUGUACGAUACAGUAUGUAUUGGUAGAGGAGUGGUGUAAUAAUGUGUUGUAGAUACCAUUAUGUAUUGGGUAGAGGAGUGGUGUAAUAAUGUGUUGUAGAUACAGUAUGUAUUGGUAGAGGAGUGGGUUGUAAUAAUGUGUUGUAGAUACAGUAUGUAUUGGUAGAGGAGUGGUGUAAUAAUGUGUUGUAGAUACAUUAUGUAUUGGUAGAGUAGUGGUGUAAUAAUGUGUUUGUAGAUACAGUAUGUAUUGGUAGAGGAGUGGUGUAAUAAUGUGUUGUAGAUACAGUAUGUAUUGGUAGAGGAGUGGUGUAAUAAUGUGUUGUAGAUACAGUAUGUAUUGGUAGAGGAGUGGUGUAAUAAUGUGUUGUAGAUACAGUAUGUAUUGGUAGAGGAGUGGUGUAAUAAUGUGUUGUAGAUACAGUAUGUAUUGGUAGAGGAGUGGUGUAAUAAUGUGUUGUAGAUACAGUAUGUAUUGGUAGAGGAGUGGUGUAAUAAUGUGUUGUAGAUACAGUAUGUAUUGGUAGAGGAGUGGUGUAAUAAUGUGUUGUAGAUACAGUAUGUAUUGGUAGAGGAGUGGUGUAAUAAUGUGUUGUAGAUACAGUAUGUAUUGGUAGAAUAGUGGUGUAAUAAUGUGUUGUAUUGUAGAUACAGUAUGUAUUGGUAGAAUAGUGGUGUAAUAAUGUGUUGUAUUGUAGAUACAGUAUGUAUUGGUAGAGUAGUGGUGUAAUAAUGUGUUGUAUUGUAGAUACAGUAUGUAUUGGUAGAGUAGUGGUGUAAUAAUAUGUUGUAUUGUAGAUACAGUAUGUAUUGGUAGAGUAGUGGUGUAAUAAUAUGUUGUAUGAUGUACUGUUUCAUUAGGAUUUGUUUGGACCCCAGGAAGAGUAUCCUUAAUAAAUACAAAACUCUACUGUUGGGGAAGAGAUGGCAAGGCUACGUCCCAAAUAUUGCUCUACUUCAGCCUUAUGGGCCCUGAUCAAAAGUAGUGCACUAUAUAGGGAAUAGGGGGCCAUUUGGACGCAGCCAGGCGCUGUGUUGGUGCCAGAUACCCAUCCACCUAGAGACAGUAGAAAGGCCAUGUUACAUUUCCAUUCCCAGGGAGUCCAAGUAGACAGUAGAGCAGUUGUGACGUUUCAGCAUGGGCCAUUCACAACUAGUCUUUAGGGUGAUGGGCCAUUCACAACUAGCCUUUAGGGUGAUGGGCCAUUCACAACUAGCCUUUAGGUUGAUGGGCCAUUCACAACUAGCCUUUAGGUUGAUGGGCCAUUCACAACUAGCCUUUAGGGUGAUGGGCCAUUCACAACUAGCCUUUAGGGUGAUGGGCCAUUCACAACUAGCCUUUAGGGUGAUGGGCAUUCACAACUAGCCUUUAGGGUGAUGGGCCAUUCACAACUAUUCUUUAGGGUGAUGGGCCAUUCACAACUAUUCUUUAGGGUGAUGGGCCAUUCACAACUAGCCUUUAGGGUGAUGGGCCAUUCACAACUAGCCUUUAGGGUGAUGACAAUUCACAACUAGCCUUUAGGGAGAUGGGCCAUUCACAACUAGCCUUUAUGAUGAUGGGCCAUUCACAGCUCUUCCCACAGCAACAAGACAGUUUAGCGCUCUGCCCACAGAACCAAGACAGUUUAGCGCUCUGCCCACAGCAACAAGGCAGUUUAGCGCUCUGCCCACAGCAACAAGACAGUUUAGCGCUCUGCCCACAGCAACAAGACAGUUUAGCGCUCUGCCCACAGCAACAAGACAGUUUAGCGCUCUGCCCACAGAACCAAGACAGUUUAGCGCUCUGCCCACAGAACCAAGACAGUUUAGCGCUCUGCCCACAGAACCAAGACAGUUUAGCGCUCUGCCCACAGAACCAAGACAGUUUAGCGCUCUGCCCACAGCACCAAGACAGUUUAGCGCUCUGCCCACAGCAACAAGACAGUUUAGCGCUCUGCCCACAGAACCAAGACAGUUUAGCGCUCUGCCCACAGAACCAAGACAGUUUAGCGCUCUGCCCACAGCACCAAGACAGUUUAGCGCUCUGCCCACAGAACCAAGACAGUUAG